UGAUUUUUGUUUUGGUGGAAGUGAUAUGGUGCGAAGGGUAUUGGAAGGAAGAGCGAGAAGCUCUUUGGGGUCUAAAUUCCCGUUUUGGCUUCCCUUUGUCUUGGCAGUGGGAAGGCAGAGAUUGUUGUGAAUGGGAAGGAGUGGAGUGCAACUCCUCCACAGGGAGAGUCACCAAUCUUGAUCUGUCGGGAGUAUCCUACUUUUCAUCAGAUAACCAUUUAAGUUACGCUGAUCUUGUUGUCUUCAAUGAUUUGAAGAUUCUCAACCUCAGCUUUAAUGCUUUAACGUUAGAUUGUGCGGACAGUGAAGGGUUGGAAAAUCUGGAAGUUCUUGACUUGACUAACGGCGUCAUGAAUGAUUUCUCUGACAUUCUAGUUUGUUUGAAGGGCUUUCCAUCUCUCAAGGCUCUAUAUCUAAGAUUCAACGGGUUCCAUGCAACAUUCAGCGAUUUUGAAACUCUGUCAUCGAAGUUGCAUAGAUUAGAAGUCCUUGACGUAAGUAAGAACUCUUUGACUAAUGAGAUGUUGCCAUCUCUCGGGGGAUUCACAUCUCUGAAGGAACUCUAUUUGUCUGACACUGGAUUGGACUCAGAUAUGCAUAUUCAAGGUUUAUGCUCUAUGUUGAAGAAUCUUGAGGUCUUUGACUUGUCUGGCAACAACUUGAGUGACAGUGAUAUUGCAUCUGCUCUUAGUGGACUUUCAUCUCUAAAGUCUUUAAAUUUAGGAUACACUCAAUUGACUCCAAGAUCAAUUCUUAAUAUAUCAAAGAUACGGUCUCUGGAGAUUCUUGACAUAGAAGGGAACGAGUUGAAUGAGACGAUCUUGUGGCGUUUAGAGAAGGAUGGAUUUAGGUGGCCAACCAAUUUACAAGUCCUAAGACUGGGUUCAAACAGUUUCUCCAAUGAAUUUCUUUCAUCUCUAAGUGGGCUUCAACGUCUCAAAUCCCUUGAUUUAAGAGUGAAUCAAUUAAGAGGAUCGGUCAAUAUAACUGGAUUAUCGGCUUUAACCAGUUUGGAGAUUCUUGAUCUAAGUAGUAACCUAAUUAACAGUUUUGUUGUCCACCAAGUUUCAGGCUCAAAGAGUCUAAGCAAAUUGGAUGUGCUUACUUUAGAUUACAAUAUGAUAAAUGGAAGCAACUUGAGGGAAUCACUACAACCGUUCUCAUCCAUUAGAGUGCUUUCUAUGAAUGGGAAUGAGAUUAUUGGAACAAUCACUGCAGGAGAUUUUCGUGAUUUAAGUAAGCUUGAACACUUAGCACUCGACAAUAAUGACCUUGACAAUGAGUUUUUCAAAGGUAUCGGGGAAUUGACUUCUUUGAGAGUUUUGUCUGCUUUUCAGUGUGGAAUAAAUGGUACCCUUCCUCCUGCUGAUUGGUUUAAGCUGAAAAAUCUCGAAGAAUUAGAUCUAAGUCAAAACCAAUUUGUGGGAUCACUUCCUUCAUCUUUCUUAAACAUGACCUCUCUUCGAAAGUUGAAACUGUCACAAAAUCAAUUAAGUGGACAAUUUGGUUCUAAUAUAGCUAGCCUUACAUCACUUGAAUAUUUUGAUUUCAGAGAAAACCAAUUCGAGGUUCCUAUUUCUUUUACACCAUUUGCCAAUCAUUCAAACCUUAAGUUCAUAUAUGGUGAAGGCAACAGAGUCAUAUUGGACUUACAACCUAGUCUACAGACUUGGAUUCCAAAAUUUCAAUUAAAAGUACUUAGUUUGUCUUCAACGACAAAUGUUGAUUCUAUUCCGCUCCCAAAGUUUCUUCUACAUCAAAGAAACUUGACAAGUUUGGAUUUGACUAGUUGUAGACUGGAAGGAGUGUUUCCUCACUGGUUGUUUGAAAACAACAUAAAAUUGACAGAGCUUCUUGUUAGAAAUUGCUCUUUCACAGGUGUUCUACGGUUACCAUCACAUCCCCUUACUAACAUGAGGAGAAUUGAUGUAUCUGACAAUAGCAUAACCGGCCAAAUCCCCAGUAACAAUAUCAGUUCAAUUUUACCAAAUUUGCAAUUUCUAAACUUGUCUAGAAACCACAUCCAAGGUUCGAUUCCUAUUGAGUUUGGGCAAAUGAGCUUAAUGGAUACUUUGGAUCUUUCAGAUAAUCAUUUAUCAGGAGAGAUUCCAAAGAACAUAUCUAGAGAUGAGUCACGACUGAAAAUAUUGAAACUUUCACACAAUAGGCUAGAUGGACCCAUAUUUCCAUCUUUACAAUACUUGGAACAAUUGUAUUUAGAUGACAAUAGCCUUUAUGGUAGCAUACCCAAUAGCUUUCUUAACUCAUCUCUCCAACUCUUGAAUCUAAGCUAUAAUAAUUUAGUGGGGAAACUACCAAGUGUGAUAGGAAAUUUUUCAUACUUGGCUAUGCUUUCAUUAUCCAAUAAUCAUCUUCAAGGGUCUAUUCCGACAAGGCUAGUGGAACUUGAACAUUUAUCAUAUCUGGAUAUCUCAAACAACAAUUUGACGGGUUAUGUACCAUCUUUUGUCAAUGCUUCUCUGGAAUACAUUCAUUUGAGCAACAACAGAUUAAGUGGUUUACCCAGUAGAAUGUUCAAUGAAAGAUCUUCCUUAAUAAUUCUAGACCUUAGCUACAAUGAAGUAGUCGGGAGCAUUCAAGAUAUGAUGGAAGACCUUGCUGAUACAAGGUUGAAUAUACUCAUUUUGAAAGGUAACCGCUUUACAGGGCAUUUACCAGAGCAGAUAUGCCAAUUGGAGGGUUUGAGUAUAUUAGAUCUUUCUUAUAACAAUUUUUUUGGUCCAAUACCCAAUUGCUUGGGUAAAAUGCCUUUCGAGAAUGACCCUCGCGAGUUAAGGUAUGCAUUUGAUGGCUUUCUUCAUGCAAUAAAUAGCAAUACAAGAACUAUGACGCCGAACAUAAACGAGAAAGCAAUCUUCACUACGAAGAAAAGAUCCUACACAUAUACAGCGAGCAUCCUUGCUUAUAUGUCCGGAAUUGAUUUAUCCAAAAAUAAACUAAACGGAAGUAUUCCAUCCGAGCUUGGAAACUUGACAAGAAUUCGAGCAUUGAAUUUUUCUCACAAUGAUUUGAUUGGACAAAUUCCAGCUUCAUUUUCCAAAUUAGUACAAAUAGAGAGUUUGGAUCUUUCUUUCAACAUGUUGAGUGGUCAAAUUCCUCCUCAACUAAAUCAGUUGAACUCUCUUGCUGUAUUUAGUGUUGCGCAUAACAACUUAUCAGGUGAUACACCCGAGCGAAAAGGCCAAUUUAUUACCUUUGAUGAAAGUAGCUAUGAAGGAAAUUCUCUUCUUUGUGGACCUCCAUUGCUAAAAAGUUGUCAUCCUUAUUUACAAUCACCAACCGUUUCUUCAAAUGAUAACAGUCUGAUUGACAUGGUUGCUUUUUAUGUAAGUUUUGUUGUGGCUUUCACAUCAGUAUUGUUUGUAAUUGUUGCAACUCUCUGCAUUAAUCCUUAUUGGAGGAGAGCCUGGUUUUCCUAUAUGGAACUUAUAAUCUUAAGUUUUUAUUACUUUAUGCAAGAUAGUUGGAGGAGGUUUUCAAAUUCUGAAAAUAUGUAAUAUAGUUUUUCUUGUAUGACUUAUAUUGUCGUGUUGUUUGGUAAGAUUGAUUCAAUCAUGAGUUUCUUAUUUAUAUGGAAUUCAGUUU